CCGUUGUUUGGUUGCUCCCAGAAACCUGAAGAACAGAAGGGGACAACAAAAUCGCAUCCUACAAUACCCAAAUUUCAAUUCUUUACAUUUCCUUCGUUAUCUUCGAGACCAAACAAAUUAUAAUUUUUGCGCGCCAAAAUUAUUUGCUUAGGAUAUUGAAAAGGGGGUCCAGCGUGUCAAUAGAUGAUAUGGGAGAUCCUUCAUUUUUUGAUCGAAUGAUCAGCGAUCUCCGCGCAAGAUGCAAGUACUAUACUGGUUAUCCAAAGGAUCUUGGGCCAUCACGGGUCAUUCAUUUUACCUCAGAACGUGAGUUUGUUCAGCUGCUUCAUGAAGGUCAUCCUGUUGUUGUUGCUUUUACCAUCAGGGGUAAUUACACAAAACAUCUCGACAAAGUACUAGAAGAAGCUGCAGCCGAGUUUUAUCCAAAUGUUAAAUUUAUGCGCGUUGAGUGUCCAAAAUAUCCUGGGUUCUGCAUAACGCGACAGAGGACGGAAUAUCCAUUCGUUGAAAUUUUUCAUAGUCCAGAACAGGCAUCUAGCCAGGGGAGGGCUGCUGAUCCAAAUGUUACAAAAUACUCAGUGAAGGUUCUUCCUUUCAAUUACGACCCCAGUGCCUAUGGAUUCAGAGAAUUCUUCAAGCGCCAUGGAAUACGGGCAUCAGAGGUGAAAUAAAAGCCAGGUGGGAAAUUGUAUAAUCUUUAAUAAGCAGGUGGGAAAAUGUUUAAUUUACUAUCUUAAGAGCCACUUCCCAUAGGUUUUCCAGCAUCAUUUCUGGAAUAGAUACCCGCUCUGAAAUGUUUUACCUUCAGGACUUUAAAACCGAUAUUGUUUUGGAUCAUAUCAUAAUGUUUUUCUUGUUUCGGAAGAGCAUUUUUCUUUGGAUCAAAAGAAGUUUCAAACCCCUUUGCAUCUGAA